CGCUUCUCGCCCGUUGAGAGACGCCAACGUUGUCUCAGACCGGUAGCCAAUAUUCGGUCGCGCGACAGACCUACUCUACAUCGAAUUGGCGUCGCGGCCGUUUUGCAAUUUCUAUGUGUGUCAAGGUGCAGGCGCGAGACGACGCGCGGCGCGUCACGCCGCGUGCGAAAACGCAAGUACGUUUUCCCGCUGCGCGUGCCGAGUAGAAGCGUCCUUUGCGCCUCUGCGCGAAGCGGCUCUUCUGCAUCUUCUGUUAUGCGCGCAUCAGGAAGCACACGCUCGGCGUUCGCCAAGCUCCUCGGAGUGUACCGAACUUCGACACCCCGUACCGAAGAAGCGCGAAGCAAUUUACGUAAUACCACCCGGUGGUGAUCCCUCCUUCAUCAUCUUCUCCUCCUUCUCCUCCUUCUCCUUCGGUUCUCUUUCCGUUUCUCUUCUUCUUCUGCUCACUUGCACCUGGCUUCUCUUUCUCUAUUUCUAUUCGUCCCUCUCUUUUGCCGCAAUCUUGUUCCCGAGUUACGCUAUCAGCUUCUCUCUUUCUCUUUCUUUCUCUCUCCCUCCCUCUCUCUCUCUCUCUCUCUCUCUCUCUCUCUCUCUCUCCUCUCUACCGCUCCGCUUCUGAUCGCUCUCGAAGAGUCGGUUUCGAGAGAGGAGGACGAAUCGUUCGCGGGCUCACCACCGCUCCUUGAUAUUUUUAGUGCGACGAGAGAGUAUUUGGCGGGGCGCACCGAGUCUCGCCUCCUCCUCGUCGUAGUCGUCUUCGUCGUCUUCGUGAACGGCCGACGUCGCCCGGCCAUCGUCGUCGUCGUCGUCGUCGUCGUCGUCGUCGUCUCCGUGACCCUCGUCGUGGUCAUAGUUUAGUGCCUUCCUCGACGGCGUCCCUCUCGCGCGCGCGUGCUCGCUCGGCGUGUUCGCGCCUCUCCGGCGUAGUGAUGUACCUGCGUAGAAGAUCCUCUCGUCAACCUCGCUGUCUCUGUGGAUUGCUCUUCUUCCGCGAGCUCUCCUCCGACGCGGUGUAUCCGCCGAAACUUCAGCAUGUCGUCGUUAUGAAAUCGCCUCGUGAGAUCCGUUAGGACGACUUUGGGUACUACGAAAUUUUUCGAGAUAUUGCUCGUCAGGAGCUUCUUCGUAAGAUCUUGAGACCUCUGGAGAACCGUCACAGUCACUCCAAAUGUUCAUAUUCGCGCCGCGCGACACCAUGUCGACCUCUCGGCAGGACUCGCGAGCCCGCAACCGCUAUGCCCGUUCGUCCACGAGUGUCACGCAGAUGUUGAGCGACUCCUGCACGAGUCUGCUCCAGAAGCUGACCACGAGGGUGCGCGGAACGUCCACCCUCAACGAUUGCAGCGUGGGAGGCGCGACCUCCAGACGAUCGCCCAAUAUUGGUCGACUUGGUAGCACGCGGAGCCGCCUGGAGGACAAGUACAGCACGAUUCUGGACAAGUACGCCGGCAAAAGACAUGCCAACGACUCGGAGCGGAUUAGCCGCACUUACUCUCGGAAGCAGGAGCAGCGUGAUCAUAGUUACUAUCAUCGAGACAACAGUCCCUUCGUGCGCGACGACAAGACGCUGGAGCCGUCGGUGACACGCAGCAUCGUCAAGAGUUCCACCUGCGUGUUGCUAAGCGAGAAGGCUUACCCCUAUGUGAGCUCCGCGAUGGGCCGGGAGCCCAGACGCGAGAAGACACCAGCCUACAGCCGCACUGAUCGGCACAACUUAUUGAACUCAGAGACUUAUCGCCGCUACGGCAGGCACAAGUCCGGUCACGCGGAAACACGCAGUCGGAAAGUGCGGCCGCACCGGAACGGCAAGAGCGAGCAGUUGGAGGCUUACUCGACCUCCCUUCGACUGUCCCGACCGGUCAGGGUCGAUCCGUCGACGUUCAUCGACAACUCGCAGGUCACAAUCGACCGGGACAAGACGCCGAUCGUCAACAGCAACGCGCAAAUUAUUCCCGAGAACAUGGUGCAGAGUGAUAUCGUCCAAACCGCGCACGACGCGCUCACGGAGGACGAGGAUCCGACCAUUUCGGACAGAGCGGCCAAACGAAAGGAGAUUCAGAGUCUUAUCUUGAAGUACGCCGCCAUGGAGGACGCGUACAGCCAGUUGGCGGCGGGUGGACAAGCGAACGUGCAGCCCAGCACGACGGACAUUAUCGCCAGCAAGUAUAGAAAGAGCAAUCAUCAGCAGCAUAACAGUCGAAAGGACCACGCGUCGAAGGGGGGCACUGUGGUAGCGUCGACGGGCGCGAGUGUGAUCGGCGACGUGGUGGACGCGAUCCACGGCGCGAUUGUAAGUUGUCGAACCGAAGCACCCGGGUUGGUGGUCGCGCGCUCGCGAAAGCGGCGCCACUUGAAGCAGAGCGUGUCCGUUGCCGCUGUUGUCGUCCUCUCGCCUUCCCGUUGCCUUCCUCGCGCGUGUAGCCCACGACCGCCCUCCGUCGAGGACGACGAAGACGGCCACCUUGUAUACCAAUCCGGCGACAUCCUGGCAAAUAGAUAUAAAGUACUGGCCACCCUAGGAGAGGGUACUUUUGGAAAAGUUGUCAAGGUUAAGGACUUGCAAAUGGAUCACGUAAUGGCUCUGAAGAUCAUCAAGAAUGUGGAAAAAUACCGAGAAGCUGCAAAGUUGGAGAUUAAUGCGCUAGAGAAGAUCGCCGUUAAGGAUCCCGAAGGCCAGCAUCUUUGCGUGAAAAUGCUCGACUGGUUCAAUUAUCAUGGGCACAUGUGUAUCGCCUUCGAGAUGCUCGGCUUGAGCGUUUUUGACUUCCUAAGGGACAACAGUUAUCAGCCGUACCCAUUGGAACAUGUUAGGCAUAUGGGCUACCAGCUGUGCUACGCAGUGAAAUUCUUACAUGACAACAAACUCACGCACACGGAUCUCAAGCCGGAGAACAUACUGUUCGUCGAUUCGGAUUACGAUAGCACGUAUAACAGCAAAAAGCUUUCCCUUUUCAAGCGGAGGGACGUGAGACGCGUGAAACGAACCGACAUCAGGCUCAUCGACUUUGGCAGCGCUACGUUCGAUCAUGAACAUCAUAGCACGAUCGUUAGCACGAGACACUACAGAGCGCCCGAGGUAAUUUUAGAACUGGGUUGGUCCCAGCCCUGCGACGUCUGGUCCAUUGGCUGCAUCCUGUUCGAGUUAUACCUGGGCAUCACGUUAUUCCAAACACACGAUAAUCGCGAACACCUGGCGAUGAUGGAGCGUAUACUUGGCACGAUACCGCAUCGUAUGGCACGCAAAACCAAGACCAAGUACUUCUAUCAUGGCAAGUUGGACUGGGAUGACAAGAGUUCAGCUGGCAGAUAUGUGCGAGAUAAUUGCAAGCCGUUACACCGCUAUAUGCUAUCAGAUGAUGAUGAACAUCGUCAGCUGUUUGAUCUCAUUCAGCGAAUGUUGGAAUACGAACCCUCACUACGCAUCACUCUGAAGGACUCAUUGACGCAUUCGUUUUUCGAUGCUCUGCCGGCAUCUCAGAGAUUACCUGACCCGCGGGCAGCCGGUGACUCCCAACAGACCCACGAACGAUCACACUCGCUCUCUCGAUGAAGCUAGGAAAGGGACCGACUUCCCUACUGGACAGACACUCCACUUUCAACGACACUACUACUGCCCUACGUCUUCGUUCUGAUAUCUUUAGUUUUCAUGAAAACUUAUCUUGCGUAGCAACGAAACUCGUUAUAAUGCGAGACUAUUAGAAUGGCACACAUGUGCAAAGACAUCGAUCAAAUUCGAAGAUUUCUCACGAUAUAAUUCGUGCUUUAUCUCUCGAGAGCGAAUUUGUACGUAGGGAAGGCAGUAGUGCGAUGGUGCCGUGGAACUUGGACUAAUUCGAGUAUAUUCGACGACAAAUGAUCAGGUUGCUGACUCGCUUGUCAAAAAUAAAGGAAAGGCUCCUGAUGUGUCUACAAUUUACUUUUACCACGAAUUAAACGAUCAUGAAUCGAUGACGAAGUCCCUGUUACUGGCGCGCAAACGCCAGUGUGUCUGCUCAGUGUAGCGUAACAGAGUCCCAGAGAUUGUAAACAAUUUUUUAAGCGCUACUGUACAUUUUGUCCCUUAAAUUUAUUACCAUAUUAAACUAUUAUUCAAGAGAUAAUGAGUUUGAAGCAAAGAUCACUCGGGUCCGCAGUUUGUAAUAAUCUAUUGGUUAUAAAUUGACGACCACGAAAGUGUUCUAGCAGUAAGUCGGAACUAGUGAUAUAAUGCAGGUAGAUUUACGCGAACACAUGUCGGUAAGACAUUAAGAAAAGCAUCGAGAGAGAGAGAGAGAGAGAGAGAGAGAGAGAGAGAGAGAGAGAAAGAGAGAGUGCGUGAGUGAACGAACGAACGAAGGAGGGAGUGUGUGAAGAACUAUCAUCUACAAUUCAUCGGUGUGAAUUACGUGCAUCUUAAAAUAUAAGAAUACAUUGUAUUAGAAAAUUUUUUCUUCGAGAUCUUUUCUGCGUUUUUUUCUGCAUUCAAACGGAGUUGCUCUCGUAGUUUCAAUUCUGACUCAUCGCGACUCAUACGCGGAAUCCGCGAGAUUUUUCACCGUGACUGCAAUUUCUGGUCUUACUGAUUUGCCGCCGGCGAUUUUCUAUUCCUGGCCUAAAUCAUAGCGAAAUUUUGCCGUCUCUGUAGGCUCAGAUUUACUAUUUUACGAGGAUUUGAAUUAUAAGUCAAGAAUGUAUGCCGAAUAUUAUACGCGGUGUGUUCACACAUGCAAAUAUCUUUACCCUGUCCCCCACUAUCUCAUCACAUCUUUAAUUUGCAUAAGAGAAAAGUUUUGGUUUAAAACCUUUAUUCAUACUACAUCUACGAAAUAUGACGAAUCUUACAUAUGCUGCUCUUCGAACGGGGGAUAUCUGCGAAAAGCGAUGUUACGAGUAGCAAUAAAUACAUUUCUUUCAAGUCAGCGUCGAGAUUUAUUUGUUCAACCAGCAAACUGAUACACUCAGUCGACGACACACUCGACAACGCUGCUUCGCAUCCAACAUGAGCGAAUUCACCCUUGCGACCUCAACAAUUUCUUUUAUUUUCUUCUUUUUUUUUUAUAAAUUAUGCUCACAUUCUCACGUACGCAGUGCUUCGGAUAAAGUAAGCCCGAUCAACAGGCUCUUAGGAAUAGCGUAAGCGAAAUUCGUUGACAAUUUUCGAGAACACUGUGUGUAUGCGCGCGCGCACGACUACAUGUGUGGCGUAUAUGUUCUCGCUCGUGGACCCAAAAUCGUGUGCAAAGUCAAGUCUUCAUUGGAUGAUCGGAGACAUUAUAAGUUCGGCCAUGAAUAUACUGGAGGCACGGACGACUUGUAGCUCGUGUCGUAUAGUUGCGCCUUGAUGAAGCUCUCGCAGUCUUUAGGCUCUGGAUAAACUGUUGCCAGCGCUGCGUGAAGGAAAUCAAUUUACGCUAAUUAAAAACACGAUAAUCGUCUACUAUUGAUACACUGAGAAAAGAACUCUUUGGUAUUUGUAACCAUAAUCGCAUAGUAAAGGAAUUAUUGUCAGAA